GUAUGUUAGAAGAGGAUUUCUCUUCAGUGCGAACUUCAAGCCUGAUCAUCUGUAUUCUGAAUGCCAUUUGUUUCUUUCCAGCAGCGCUAGGAAACGGAAUCAUACUGAUCGCUAUUCGGCGGACGCCAUCUCUACAUUCGCCUUCGAACACGUUCUUGUUUGGUCUUGCACUGACUGACUUCCUCGUUGGUUUAGUGACUCAGCCGUUAAAUGUCGCCUCCUCUGUCAUUUUCCUUGUCGAAAAGGAAGAAGGUCCAAUCGCUCUUACAUUAACGUUUGAUUUUAUUUCUGUUGUAUUUUACCUGCAUAUGAGAUAUCAAGCUAUCGUCACCAACAAAAAAGUCGUGGCGAUCGUCGUUUUAUGUUGGUGUCUAUCCUGUUUAUUUGGGGUUAUUUGGACCCAGAAUACUACAGCCUAUUAUGUCAUUGGAAUAGCAAGCGUCGUUAUCUCCAUUGUUAUUGUUUCUCUGAUGUACUUUAAAAUCUAUCGAGUUGUGAGACGUCACCAGGCCCAAAUACAAUCUCAAGCUCUUGUUGGAAUCGCCGCAAAGGAAGCUUCAUCGCAUUUGCAGUUCGCACGUCUCACUAAGUCUGAUGUGAAUACGUUUUACGUUUGCUUCAUUCUCUUUCUUUGCUUUUUUCCAUACGUUUUUACAGCUGGCUUAAUUCAAAUGACAGGUCCAAGCCUCAUCAAACGUAUUGUACUGCAAUACACAGGAACCAUAGCGUUUAUAAACUCGUCGCCGAACCCAUUAGUUUACUUUUGGCGGCUUCCUGAAAUCCGAAAGGCUAUAAAGAGAUCUUUACGGUGUUGCUACAGCAGACGUGUAGGCGAGCGACAAGAAAGUAAAUGGAGGAGUGAAAAAGCUUCUAACACAUAGAGAAUUCUGCCAUCUCUGAUAUUGAACUAGAGCUCCUCCAUCAUGAUUGUCCGAAUGCGCCGAGUUUUUUUUCUUUAAGGCUCAAUAAUGUGGCUGGUAGACCUUAUACGAAAGAUCAGCUUCUUUCACGAUAUUUCAGUGACCAGCAACUGAGUUUGUCGUAUAGUGAAUGUUUCAUUUCUUCUUCUAAAACCUUAGACCAUGGAGGAAACAUGCAAGAUACAGGAAGGAGGUAACGCUAUGUUAGCCAAAUAGAUCUUCCAUCAUCUAUAAUAGAUCUUCCGUCAUAAGUCUAGGUUUAUUUACAGCUAAUUUAUUCAAACACAAUUAGAUUUCCGCCGACAACUUUCACUUUCUGUCGCCUUAUCAGCCAAAUAUGUAAUCGCGAAAG